CAUACCUAAUAUAUGGCUAAUUGCAAUGUGAACAUCCACAACUCUUUAUGAGUUUAAUACUUCUAAAACAAGUAUUCGAAAAGAAAGAAAAGAAAAUACGCUUUCAUAAUAGUUGAACCAAUUCCUAAAAUAAUCUGUAACAAUAUUUAAAGUGAGGAAAGUUUGCUUCCAAAACUUCUGAGACAAAUAAAUAUUUCAGCUAUGGAUUUGGAAGUUGUUGAAUUUCCACUACAUCACAGACUGGCCCUUCCGUUUCGAAUUGGACUCUUAUUCAUUUUGGGUACAUGGCUCUGGUCUUUAUGCUGCCAUUACAUAUAUUAUUUAAAAAAACAGGAUCUGGAGGUUUAUAAUGCGAGAAGUAGAGUGCGGCAAUCUUCAAUGAUGCCAAGUGUUAACUUUACAGAUACUCGGACCGAUCUGGAACAAGCGCCAAUAAAAAACUCGAUUAUAAAACGAAUCAAUUACGAAGCAGGAUAUUGCUUCUCCACUAUUAUUUUCAUAUCGUGGCUCAUAGGCUUUUUGCUUUUCAUUCUUAACACGCGCGGUGAUGUGAAAGGUUUAUAUAUGCAUCCUUUGUAUCCAACGUUAUGGAUGAUCACAACUGUUGUUUUGGUGGCUGUCCCUUUUCCUUGGAGAUUUCGACCAGUGCAACGAUCGCUUCAAAACUCUAUUAUACGAGUAUUUUUCCUGUUUCACGCAAAUUCUUAUUAUCCCCACAAAGACUUUCUUUUGUCAGAAAUAUUUACGUCUUAUGCGAAAAUGUUGGGAGAUUUUUACGUUUUUGGUUGCGUUUUGAAGGGUCAUAUAACCAAAUACACACUUCGUCCUGACUUAAAAUGUGAUGGUACCCUUUUUGUCCCAUUAAUAAUGACAUAUCCCUUCAUCGUUGCUACGCUUCAAUCAUUACAUUAUGCAGUAAGACAUAGAAAGGCAGCUCUGAAAAUAAGCUUACUAAAUGCUUUUAAGCAUGCGUUGGCUUUCCCGCUUAUUUAUUUAUCUGCGCUUAUGCAUGCUGAACGAUCGAAAUUUAAAUUGAGUUCAAAUCAUGGCUAUCUUUUUUGGUCUUGGAAUUUACUCGCUCUAUUAAAUUCUGUGUACACUUUCUGCUGGGACACAUACGUUGACUGGGGUGUAAAGUUUCCUUUUGAGAAAGUCCCAUCAAGAAGGUGUCUUCCUUUUGUUGCCUAUUUUUUGGCUGCUAUAUUAAAUUUUAUUCUUCGUAUUACAUGGAGCUUAAAACUUUAUCCUCGAUUGUAUCAAUACCAUGAUUAUGAAAUGGGCAUGUUCUCAUUCGAAAUGCUGGAAGUCAUCCGAAGGAACCUCUGGUUAUUGUUUCAUUUAGAUGCGAUCGUUUAAGUGAAAUCAAUUGAUUAUUUAUUUGUUUAACAAAAAAUAUUUUAAUAAAAAGGUUCCCUGAAGCAUCUACUAAACAAUCAUGACCUCUUAGGAUACAAAAACCCUCGAUAGACUUAAAUUAGAAACACCUAAUUUAAAUGCGUUACAUUUUUUUCUACAUACA